UUAUUUGUAACCUCCUUUGCAGACUGGUACUAGCCCUGAUCUCUGUCCUCUGCGCAGCCGUCAUGAACUCGCUUUUCAAGCCACCGUUGACCUUCUUCCUCCCUCUCCUCCUCCUGGUGUCUCGAGCCAAACUAUCACCAUCGCAACGGCUCCCUGGCAACAACCCUGGAGAACACGCGGGCCGUCAUCCAGAGCUCUUCUAUGAGAAUGGUCUCCUUCCAGACGGCAGGGAGAUGACGGCUUAUGCAGCGCAGGGUACCACCAAAAAGUUUUUCUUUACUGUUGAAGAAGACAACACUCCAGUGCGGAUCAUGGUGACACCCUGCUCGGCAAGGAUCGAAUGGAAUCUAUCUAUGUUAGAGCUUCCUGAAGAUGGCAGUGGGUCCAGUGCGGCUGAUCAGUUGAGUGAACAACGCCCUCGACGGCAGCCCACUACGAUGCCUGGGACAAUCCUGAAGAGCUAUUCAGGUUAUGACGCGGGGAAAUAUAUUACCAACACAUCUCCAGCUUGCACCUAUGUCUUAGAGGUGCGGAGCGUCGAGCGUGGGACUACCUUUCAGAUCUACGCGACAUCGACGCCCGAUUCGGAUCAUUUCUUCCCCGAGCUCCCAAGUGAUCCUCAAGUCGAUGUGACGUCAUUCAAUAAGAACCGAGUGUCGUUAGCGUGGAAGCCGAGUCCUUCUGAUGUGGUGUAUCAUCAACCAGUUCGGUACUGUCUCGCGAUCAACACUAGACGGAACUACCACACAUGGUGUGGUGUUCAAUCCAGUGUUCCGGGCGGGGGCUCUAACCCAUUCCCGUCCUCCCAAACGAGGUUCGGCUUUGAUUCGGAGAGAGAAAUGCGUAAAGCUAGGAAGCAAAUCCAGGAUGAACAAGCGGUUCUGAGCAGAUCUGAAGAAGCACCAGAUAUGGUUAUUGAAUGUGUUGGUUCAAAGACCCUGCAUACGAUCACCAACCUAGACCCAGGCACCAGAUAUUUCUUUGAUCUUUUCGCAGUAGAUCAAGUCACUAACCGCAGCGUUGCCUACCUCGGGACGUCCAUCUAUACCCGUGCUGAACCUCCUGAUCGAAGGGUCAUUCGAUUGAAAGAUGGUGGACUCAGAACGAUCAGGGGAGACCGAUCGAGCCCAGUCAAGCAGUUUAGAUUCCCAGUAAGCGGCAAAUCACGGGACCAAGACGUCAACAUCACUAUUCAGUCGUGUUCGCAGAAACUUGCGGUAGAGAUUUGGAGAGAAGGAGUGAAGAUCCGAGACGCUACCGUCAAAUCUCUCAAACAUUUCAGCAUACGUAAUGUCGAAGAUGAACUUCUCAUUAAAGUCAAAAGCAGGCGGCGGACACCGACGGAUUAUAAAAUAUUUGCGACAACGAAUCCAUCAAAGUACCCUUUCCCGCAGCUCCCAAAAGACAGCACGAUAAGAGUUUUCAAAAACUUAAGACAGUGUACGUCAGUUACGCUGGCAUGGUUAAGCACAAAAGAGGUUUCACAAUAUUGUUUGUAUAUGCGGGAGGAAGAUCCCAAAAGCAGAAGCCUGAUCAGGCAAGACAACCGUUGUCACGGGCCUAAGAAUCGUAAAAAGAGCGAGAAGGUAUUAUGCCGCUCAGUUAAUGGUGCAGAAGCAGACAGAGACGCUUUAACAGAAGUGGUUACCGACCUGAAGGCAGGCACUAAGUACAUUUUUGACGUUUACGUCAGUGGAGUCGGCAAGGAGACCCUUGCAUACAGAAGUAAAAGUGUCAAGACAAAACGGACUUGUGACGUUUGAAGAAGAGAGUUUCUUCUCAGAAACCUGAACGCACCACUUAUUACAAGAGGCUGAAGGAUGAACAUGACGGAUCAAACGUGUGCUAUUAAUCCGCAGGGAGAGACGAACUCUGGUCGCAGCCACUGUGUAUCGCCCUUGGCACCCUUCCUGUGUUGUAGGAUUGACGGUAAGGACAGGACCAAGUGUUUCUGCAGAGGCCGUGGAUGAACACUUAUGAGCCAUUGUCGAGACGCUCUCUAGAUAACGUUCACGUGGCGGUGUUAGACACCGUAGAGGGCGCUCCAGUGAAGAGUGGCAUUCGAACACCAAAACCUAUCAUAUUUUAUCCACUGUAAAUUGAACCACUUCACUUAUUUAAAGGUUUAUAGGUGUCGUACAAGAUGGAGUCAACAGCUCUUCAUCGAUCAGCCACAUGAACCAUUUGCGAUAUUGAGAGGAAGAGUGGAUAUAUCGAUAUCUUUUAUCUGAUGGACGAAAGGGAAUGUCAAUAUCGAUAUUUUCCGCGUGUCGUCUGCUAUGCUAAGAUUGCGCGUUCGUAAAUGGAAGUAACGACUGUAUAUAUUUCGUCAACAUGAACUCGUCAUCAUAAUCUGAAAAUGUAUUCGUAUUUAAGUCAUUACAGUAUCUGCAUUUCUUUCAUACACUUUGUGAUUUUAAUCUUAUGAAAUUGGUGGCCUUCUAGUGUUUUGACUUAUUAUUGUUUCACUGCCAAGUAUAUUUUUAAGUGCAAGUUUUAGUGAAUAGUUCCCUGCUGCAGACUUAACUCUUUACGUUACAUUUUGGCGAUCAAGAUUUUUCUCUCCAAAGCAUGUCCAUGUAUUUGAGGCCUAUUAUUUAUUUACAAGAGGGAAAUACCGAGAAACGACUUUUUGUGAAAUUGGAGUUAAGUGAUUUCUAGUCAGUAUUUCAUUGAUUAUGUCCUAGGACAGCUAGGUGACAUGUGUAAUUACACAAAUCAAAACUGUAUGCUCGUUGCACACGAUGUGUUAUUUGGCUGACGUAACAUUGCGUCAAAGACUGGCUGGUAUUUGACGCGCGCGGUUAGAGUAACAUUGCGUCAACGACUGGCUGGUCUUUGACGCGCGCGGUUAGAGUAACAUUGCGUCAAAGACUGGCUGGGUAUUUGACGCGCGCGGUUAGAGUAGCAUUGCGUCAACGACUGGCUGGUCUUUGACGCGCGCGGUUAGAGCAACAUUGCGUUAAAGACUGG